UAGCGUCACUCUGCCAAUCCUUUGCUCUCCCUGCAUUAGCAGUAUCCACCACUGCAGGUGGAGCCUCUGCACCAGGCAGCAUCAGCCCUUCUAGUGCCAUGCAGAGUAGAGCUGAUGUUAGUCAGUAGUGUCUCAUACAAUUGUAGUAGAGCUGUUGUGGUCUUGUGCCUACCUGUCUGUCUGCCUUCCUGUCUGCCUGCCUGCCUGUCUGUCUGCUGAGGAUUUCCAUCUCCUUCCGGGAUACCCUCUUUACCGGGGACCCAGGAGGAGAGAGGAAGACAGGAAAGAGCGUGCCUUGUUUGACCUUCGGAGCGGUUUCAGAGCGAGGAAGAAGGAGAGGAACGGGCGAGAAAAGCAGAAUCCAUCAGGAGGAGGGAGGAUCAGCUCUCUGUAAGUGUGUGUGGGAUGUUGUGUCAGGGCUAGAGACCCUUCUUCUCCCAUGAGCCUGUGGGCCCACACACACACACGGCGCCCUCACAAACACGCACGCAAUCGACGCUGACGUUGUGAAGUGGACCCUCGUAGCCAGACCGGAGCAGAACCGGAUCGAACCGGCCAUUGGGCCGGCAGAGCGAAGCCUGAUAAUGUCAACAGAGGCUGAGCUACAGCCAGCUGUCAGGCCCAGCGUCAGGAGAGACUCCAGGAGGAAAGGGCAGGAUCGGAGCGAGGCCGGGUUGAUCAGGCGGUUUAAGGGGGAUGGCGUUCGCUACAAGGCUAAACUUAUCGGUCUGGACGAGGUCACCGCUGCACGCGGAGACAAACUCUGUCAAGACUCCAUGAUGAAGCUCAAGGGUAUAGCAGCAGCAGGGCGGUCGAAAGGAGACCACAAACAGAAGGUGUUUCUAACUGUCUCCUUUGGAGGGAUCAAGAUCUUUGAUGAGAAGUCUGAGGUCCUCCAGCACCACCAUGCUGUCCAUGAGAUCUCGUACAUCGCUAAAGACAUCACGGACCACCGAGCCUUUGGCUACGUCUGUGGGAAGGAGGGAAACCACCGCUUCGUAGCUAUCAAGACCGCUCAGUCAGCAGAGCCAGUGAUCCUGGACCUUCGGGACCUAUUCCAGCUCAUCUAUCAGAUCAAACAGAGAGAGGAGAUGGAGAAGAAAGCCCAGAAGGACAAACAGUGUGAACAGGCUGUGUACCAGACUAUUCUGGAGGAAGAUUUGGAGGAUCCUGUCUACCAGUACAUUGUGUUUGAGGCGGGACACGAGCCCAUCCGCGACCAAUCAGAAGAGAGCAUUUAUCAGGUUCCGACCAGCCAACAGAAGGAGGGGGUAUAUGACGUCCCCAAGAGACACCCAAAUAUCAACCAAUUAGAGCUUUUCGGAGACAUCUCCACACUCCCGGACAUCUACUCCCCCUCGACCCCUGCCUCUCCAGCCAACACCCUGGACCCGUCUCUGGGCCUGCAGCCCCUCACAGAACUCUUCAACCCCUUCAACCCCGCCUCUGUACCCUCAGGUUAUGUGGCGAUGGGAGCGGUACCUACAGGUCAGGUGUGGUCACAGCAGGCUUUUUCUGCCCAGGCAGGUCCUCUGUUUGGGGUCCAGUCCCCCCUGGGUCAGUCCCUCCCUGUAGCCCAGGUCCUGCCUGGAGGCCAGCCUCUCAUCUGGGGCCAGGCCAACCUCUUCCCUGCUACACAGCAGCAGUGGGCCGCUAUGACGGGAGCAGGGUUCCCUGCUACAGCCUACCUCCCAGCCCAGCCAGGAUCUCUGCCUGCCAUGCCUGCCAUGUUCCUCCCUGUCAAUCAACCCUGUGACAGCCUAUCAUCUGCCAGCGCUGCCUCUAACCCCGCCCCCUCAUCAGCCUCAAGUCCACAGCAUGCAGAGAGGCAGCGGCAGAAGAUGAGCAAGGAGAUGUUUAAGGAGUUCCAGCUAGCGAAGCCCCCUGCCAUGCCUGCUAAGAUGGGGGACCAGCACCCCUGUCUAGCUGGGACCUCGGAGGCCUUCAGCUCCUAUUUCAGCCGUGUGGGGACCGUCACCGAUACAGAUGACUGUGACGACUUUGACAUCUCUCAGCUCAACCUCACUCCUGUCACCUCCACCACUCCCUCCACUAACUCACCUCCGACCCCGGCCCCCAGACAGAGUUCUCCAUCUAAAUCGGCGGCGUCUCACGUUAGUGACCACAUUGACCACAUCAGUGACCCCCCCACAGACGCCACCGACCCCUCCACAGAUGACUCGUUCGGUGAGGUUGAGGGCAGCCCCAGUCGAAGUGGAGAGGAGGAUGCGGCGUGUGGGUCUGGGUCUCCUUGUCCCAGUGAGACAGCAGUUUCUAGUCCAGCCCAAACCAGUCCACCUGCCAACAGCUAGAUAGACGCUGGCUGGGUGCUGGGGGAAGGAUCUCUGUCUGCAGGGGAAGGAUCCUCUCUAUGCCCAGAUCAACAAAGGGAGGAAAUAAAGAGACUGAAAACUGGACUGACCUACCAAUGCUGACCAACCAACCCCAUGUGUGUGUGCACGCACGUUCUCUUUAUCAGCUUUCACCUCUGCCUUCUUUUUACCUAGUAAUUUCACCUUCCCCUCAUCCUUGUCUUUGCUCUUCACCUUCUUCUCCUCCUUGACGAUGACUCUGGAUGCGAUGCCACCCGGCCCCUGAAGGGAGGAGAGGAGGGAGGUUCAAGCUACACACACCCUCCAGAGUGAGUUGGAGGGUGUGUGUGAUGUGGAGCUGAGGGAAGGAAGGCAGUUUGUAGGGCUGUGAGGAGGAGGCAGGACUUUAGGUUUCUCAGGGAGAGCAGAUUUGGUCCCGGGCUGCUUCAGCACUUCCUCAUCCUGGAACUUUGCCCUCAAGGACUUGAAGUCCAGAAAGUCUUCUUCCUCUCAGACAGAGAAAGGAGGGGACGGGGGAGAGAUGGGUUGAAAACAGGUACCUCAUACCUGAAAAAGACUAAAGGAUAUUAAUUGAAUUUCAAAUCACAGGUUAUCAUUGAGCCCACUCUACAGAUGUAGGAUCACCCUGUUGCAGGAGAACUUUCCUGCAAGUGCAAGGCAUUUUAAACUUGUAGUGUAUUUGAGGUUUAAAAAGGCUUCUGAAGUUUGUGAUUUCCACUUUGAAUUUUGACUUGAUUUGUCAUGAAAAAUGUAUCAACACCUACAAAAAUGUAAUUAAUUAUAAUCCACAUAAUAAUUCACAUGUCCUGUUGCUGCAGCAAGCUGACUCAAAUGAAGAUCUUACAUCUGUAUUUCUCUCUCUUUUCACAGUCUAAUUCAACAUGAGAUAAAACAAACUAAGUGACCGUAUCAUUAUUUUCAAGGUGGGGUGCACAACCCCCAAAGCAUCUUCCAGACACUCUGGCACCAAAACUGCCAAUAGAAACCCAUAGAAGCCUAAUUCCUUUAGGUGAGAGCCUGGGGGCAAUAGAACUAUAGGUCAGGGGCCCUGGGCUUGCUUGUGUGUGUGUGUGUGUGUGUGUGUGUGUGUGUGUGUGUGUGUGUGUGUGUGUGUGUGUGUGUGUGUGUGUGUGUGUGUGUGUGUGUGUGUGUGUGUGUGUGUUACUCAUCUCUAGCAGCAGCCUGGCAUCCCCUCUUACAAAGGAUGGAACACUCCAUCUACCCCCUCUACUCGCGUUUCAUUCUCUCUCUCUUUCUCUCCAUCAAACAUUGCUAGAGGCUAUGCUGCCUAAGGGUGACUGGGCCAAGCGUUGUCUCCUUUCCCAACACACACAGCAUCAGACAUGGACAGAAUUAGUGUCUGUAGCAAGUGGAUCCUGGUAUGGACUGGUAUGCUGAGAUCCUUAUUUCUGAUUGGCCGGUUUAUUGGGAUCUUGGCAUCUGAUUGGCUGUUUGGGUGUUUCGCCUUUUUGUGAGUGUCUGCUGGAUCACUAUGCAGGAACAGACUCUCUGGGAGCUGCUCACACACACACUGUUUUUCCAAAUGUCUCUUCUCAGAGGGAAUGGGAAGGCUUCAAAGUGAAUGGACACUGAGGCAUGGAUGUUGCCAACCUAACAGGCAUUGCCUGGCAUGAACGAACAUUGACAAAUCGGAUAGUGCCGGACUUCGGAUGUAUGUUGCCAAACUAACUGAUUCUGUGAAUGAAUUGCUCAUUCUCUAUAAUAGCUUUUGUACAAUAUGGAUUAAAACAGACAAACGGAAAUGUUUAUUUUCUAAGUCAAUCAAGCCGCUGGAGUCAGCUCUCCUGGAGUUAUACAGUCACAAGACUUUAAGAGCUGAUUGUCGAUUUGCCAAACUCAUUUUGUAAAUGAUAAUAACAAUGAUCAUUCUGUCCACAGACUUCUGUGCCAUAAAAUAGGCAGGCUUCAGUUAUGCAACCAGAAGGUAUCAAGCAAUACCAACAUGUCUGUCUGUCUAGGUUUCUGUAGCUCUCUCAACCUCUGUUCUGUCUAUGAGCCUAUAAGUGUCUUUCCUUAACACAGCCCUUGUCUAUACUGCAGCCCUUUAUUAUCAACAUCUGUUUUAUCAACAUCCAUGUUUAUCAAUAUCUGUUUUAUCAACAUCCAUGUUUAUCAAUAUCUGUUUUAUUAACAUCCAUGUUUAUCAACAUCCAUGUUUAUCAAUAUCUGUUUUAUUAACAUCCAUGUUUAUCAACACCCAUGUUUAUCAAUAUCUGUUUUAUCAACAUCCAUGUUUAUCAAUAUCUGUUUUAUCAACAUCCAUGUUUAUCAAUAUCCAUGUUUAUCAAUAUCUGUUUUAUCAACAUCCAUGUUUAUCAAUAUCUGUUUUAUCAACAUCCAUGUUUAUCAAUAUCUGUUUUAUCAACAUCCAUGUUUAUCAACAUCCAUGUUUAUCAAUAUCUGUUUUAUUAACAUCCAUGUUUAUCAAUAUCUGUUUUAUCAACAUCCAUGUUUAUCAAUAUCUGUUUUAUCAACAUCCAUGUUUAUCAACAUCCAUGUUUAUCAAUAUCUGUUUUAUCAACAUCCAUGUUUAUCAAUAUCCAUGUUUAUCAAUAUCUGUUUUAUCAACAUCUGUUUUUAUCAACAUCCAUGUUUAUCAAUAUCUGUUUUAUCAACAUCCAUGUUUAUCAAUAUCUGUUUUAUUAACAUCCAUGUUUGUCAACAUCCAUGUUUAUCAAUAUCUGUUUUAUCAACAUCCAUGUUUAUCAAUAUCUGUUUUAUCAACAUCCAUGUUUAUCAAUAUCUGUUUUAUUAACAUCCAUGUUUAUCAAUAUCUGUUUUAUUAACAUCCAUGUUUAUCAACAUCCAUGUUUAUCAAUAUCUGUUUUAUUAACAUCCAUGUUUAUCAAUAUCUGUUUUAUUAACAUCCAUGUUUAUCAACAUCCAUGUUUAUCAAUAUCUGUUUUAUCAAAAUCCAUGUUUAUCAAUAUCUGUUUUAUCAACAUCCAUGUUUAUCAAUAUCUGUUUUAUCAACAUCCAUGUUUAUCAAUAUCUGUUUUAUUAACAUCCAUGUUUAUCAACAUCCAUGUUUAUCAAUAUAUGUUUUAUUAACAUCCAUGUUUAUCAACAUCCAUGUUUAUCAAUAUCUGUGUUAUUAACAUCCAUGUUUAUCAACAUCCAUGUUUAUCCAUAUCUGUUUUAUCAAAAUCCAUGUUUAUCAAUAUCUGUUUUAUCAAAAUCCAUGUUUAUCAACAUCCAUGUUUAUCAAUAUCUGUUUUAUCAACAUCCAUGUUUAUCAACACCCAUGUUUAUCAAUAUCUGUUUUAUCAAAAUCCAUGUUUAUCAAUAUCCAUGUUUAUCAAUAUCUGUUUUUAUCAACAUCCAUGUUUAUCAACAUCCAUGUUUAUCAAUAUCCUUGUUUAUCAAUAUCUGUUUUUAUCAACAUCCAUGUUUAUCAACAUCCAUGUUUAUCAAUAUCUGUUUUUAUCAACAUCCAUGUUUAUCAACAUCCAUGUUUAUCAAUAUUUGUUUUUAUCAAAAUCCAUGUUUAUCAAUAUCUGUUUUAGCAGAAUCCAUGUUUACCAAUAUCCAUGUUUAUCUAUAUCUGUUUUAGCAGAAUCCAUGUUUAUCAAUAUCCAUGUGCCAAUAACACGUUUCCACUGAUGUACCCUGUAACCUCUUACAGUCAUACUAUCACCACCUCCAUGCUUCAUAUCAUCCCUCAGUCUGAGUGAUAGGACCCUUACCCAUCAUCACAACCACACCAGACACUCAUAGCUGGCUGUCAUCGACCCCUAACCUGUCUGUCUGUGCUACUGCUAGUACUACAUCAACUCUGAUGCCAGUGACUCCCUAUUUUAUGGCCAAAGUCUAUGCGUAAUUAGACUCAUCUGGACUGACAACUUGAAUAACUGUUUGGACAAUAGAAAAAGACGAAGAAGAAGAAGAUGAGGAAGUGGAGUAAAAGGGAAACAUGCUGUUUGAUUACAUAAUAUUUCUAGACAUAUUUUAUGCUUACCGCAGAUAACGUUUUCUUAAUGUAAAUUGACACAUUAUUUUUAUCUUGAUGAAUACGAUAGCAUUCUACUGUGGAUUUUUAGAAUACUUAUUUAUUUUCUGUUGAUUUACGUCUCCACCAUGUAAUAAUGUUACUAUUAAACACAUCCCAAUGCCA